ACACACAAGAAGCAGAGAGAUUAGCAAAGCACACAGGCUUCUGGGAGACAAUUCAAGAGUACCCACCUAAAGACGAUUUACCAAUUACGACACCCAAAAGAGGAUCUUGAAGGACACCAAGGAACAGGGAGAUGCUCGAGGCUAGAUGGAGAGUACAGCUUCUCCAGAUUCUCCUGUGCUUCAUCAUCUGUGGCUGCACCCCAGACAGCGAUGUACUACAGAAAGUCAUUUCAAAACUUUCUGACGAUAAGCCCGGAUGUGAACUACCGGAAACUGUAGAUGAACCCGAGUGUAGUACCGGCAUGCAACAAGAAGCCAGUCAACUUCCGUUUCGAACUGUGCCACAUGGCGUAGUGUGUAGUUUCAACAGCAACGAUGAAUUCACAUACACAUGUACAGAGAAAGGUAUCUGGGUUCAAGAUCACCGUCCUUCUCCGGGUACAUCUGUCGGGCAUCACCGAGAAAAGCGCUGGAUAUUGCUGCUUCUUGCUAGAGGGGGGAAGAGUUUACUGAAAGAUCUUGGACUCCUUAAGAAGCUCCUGUGUCUUAUCCUGUGUAAAAAACGUCCAAACAAGGCACCAUCCCUGAUCCCCCCGAAACUGACAUGCCCCAACGUGACAUCCCCCCAGACCGCCAUCACGGGGAAGUCAGCCCGAGUAACAUGGGAAGAACCGUUUGCGUCAGACAGAAUGGAAGGACCAAUUGAAGCGACGCUUGUGAAGGGACAGCCAUCAGGGAGUAUGUUCGACGAAGGCAAGAAUUACGUCUAUUACAAGGCAAUGAACAGGAAAGGACUUGCCACGUACUGCACCAUAUCCUUUGUUGUGGAAGUAUCCCGAUGCCUUCGACCGAAGUGGCCCUGGAAUGGCCGGAUGAAAUGUGAUGAUGAACAGGUGUCUGGCUCUGUGUGCACCUUUUCCUGUAACUUCGGCUAUGAGAUGAAAGGCGAGAAUCAGAUCAUGUGCCUCAAUCAGAAGUGGAUUGGAGCAAUGCCAAAGUGUGUCAUUAAGACAUGCCCCACUGUGCCGAAGAUCUCUCACGGCGCCUUGGAAUGCAAGUCCAAGACUUUGGAGUACAAGACAAUCUGUAUCCUGAAAUGCAUAAAGGGGUACUUGCAAGCUGGCUCUGCCAUGAUGAUGUGUAACGGAACAGGAACGUGGACCAAACCCGGAUUCUGCAGAGAUUACCGAGCACCAUCGUUUACCUCCGGCUGCGUGGAUGACCAACGCGCACUAGCGGGGCCUCGAGAUAAACCGGUUAUGGUCACAUGGACAGAUCCAAACGUCACCGACAACUCUGGGGGCCAUGUCAAACUUUCCUACAGCAAGGAGAAGGGUUCUCGAUUCCCACUUGGUCGAACCACCAUCGUAGUUAAAGCUGAGGAUGCUGACAAAAACGUCAUGAAAUGUUCCUUCAGUAUUUACAUUGAAGCCCAGGUCUGCAAGGACCCCGCCCUCGGCAACACGCUGGACCGAGAGCUAAUCAUUUACGAUUGCCCCAACGGGACAUCCCUCGGGUACUCCUGUCUCGUGUCCUGCAAAUCCGACUAUCCUCUUGUUGGGGCUUCAAGGAUCACAUGCUCCAAGGAUUCGAACACAGAAAAACUUCGAUGGACAUGGGGAAGCGGCAAGAGCAAACCCUUCUGUAAAUCCACCGACUGCCCAAAACUGAGGUCACCGAUCAAUGGCGCCAUCGUGUGCGACAAAUGGAAUCAUGGCCGCAUGUGCAGCAUGCAGUGCAACCACAACUACGACGUCCCAAGACGGGUGCCCAGUCAGUACGUGUGCGGGAUGUCCACUGGGAAAUGGCGUCCCCACAGUGUCAUCCAGGACUGCAUUGUGCGGAGAAAACCGUCGAAAAUGCGCCUCCCAGCAGAAAUGUAUUACUACGCAUCAAAUUGCCCCACGAAAACUUCGAUGAAAAACAUCAGUAACAACUUCAUUAAAAUGUUGUCCUCGAAUGAAUUGUUUAAGGAAGAAUGUGGCGAGAAGGUUCCAGACUGCAAAGCGGAAAUGGUAGAUGUUAGAUGUGGGGAAGUUCGCACAAAGCGUGACGUCAUUUCCGUCAGGGGACAUAACCAUGUUUACAAGCGGAGCGCCGACAAGUGUGUGGAGAUAGAAUUCAAUAUUGAAAUGCCGUACGAUGACUUGUCGAUGGAUGGCAGUGAUGUUGCCGUUAUUUACAAGAAAACAUUCAACAGGAUAACAAGCGUUAUCGAACAUAUGUCUACCAUUGGUGAGCUGGAGGUGAAAGGGAUGGAGACGCGGGAGUCUUCCUUCGCCCCAGGUGUAGCGACAAUCGUUUGUCCGAAAGGAACGCUGCCCCGUUUUGAUAAAGGUUCAUGCUCUGGUUGUCCAACUGGUACAUUCCUGAACAAGACGGACGAGUGUGAGGACUGCCCCAAGGGGACCUACCAGGCCACUUCCCACGCCUCCUCCUGCACCAGGUGCCCUGCAGGAACAUCCACCCCUUCUACCGGGUCCCGCACAGCCGCCAAUUGCACAGAAAUGUGUCAAGUCGGGACAUAUUCCAAAAAUGGUGUCAUCCCAUGCAUCAAGUGCCCAAUAGGAACGUACCAAGACAUCAAUGGGAGCAGCACGUGCAAGAUGUGUCCGCCUGGACUGACCACGUUGGAGUAUGGGGUCACAACGUCGGACGAAUGUUCUGGGUACGACAUGAAACUAGCUCCUGCUGUCAACACGGUGCUCGGGAAAACAACUGCAGUGGUCAAGUCCUUUUCCGUAUAUUCUUGGUUUUUUAUUUCUCCUGGGGAGGUCAAAGCAACGCUACUUAAGUUUAUCACUGACAACAACGCAGUCUUCGCUGUUCGAUGGAGGUCCGACAAAUUGACCAUGACCUUUGGAAGUAACGCUAUAGACGUUAUGGCUGAGGUUGCAGUAAACAGCUGGUACCAACUAACCUUGACCUUCGAUGCACCGUCCUUGACCAUUAAGGCGUACGUUAAUGGAACAGCCGCUCUCUCAAAAACCACGUCGAGGUUUCCACAAAUACGAAGUACAGUAACGCUAACCUGCUCGACCAACAGUGCAGCGCUGACUUUCUCCGGACUAAAUGUCGUUGACAAGGUACUGGGCGAGAGUGAAAUUCAGGCCAUGUCACGCACGUGCAACUCGACCAUCACACGUUCCAUGUUCAAGGCCAACAUGACCGCCGGACAAAUGAUCUCCCCCAGCCGCUGUGACGCAUACGACGCAUGCGUAACCAAUCCAUGUGGAGGACAUGAGUGCAUCGACACGAUCAGUGGCUACGAUUGCGCAUGUGCUGACGGAUACAAGGGAGACAACUGUGAAAUCGCCCCAGAUCAUUGUGCAGAAAACAUGUGCGAGAACGGUGCUCGAUGCGUUGGGAACAGCGUCAACUACACGUGCGAGUGUGCCACUGGUUACAAGGGGGAUCUUUGUGAUUAUGAAAUAGUACAUGGUGAGUGGAGUUCAUGGUCCAAGUGGUCAUUCUGCAGCCAGAUCUGUGACGGAGGGGUCAGAACCAGGACUCGCCAGUGUGACAACCCCCCGCCGGACCCUGACGGGUCCCCAUGCAAAGGGAAUACUACUGAAUCAGCGAGUUGCAACACCAAUCAAUGCAGAGAAUGCCCCACCCUGAGGCGCUCCUAUGGCGUGGUCCCUUCCUGUCACAGGACAGGUGACCUGACCCAGUGCACCAUCAAGUGUCGCGAUGACCUGGUAUUCGCAGAGGAGCCACUUCCUGUGUACGAGUGUGGAGCCAAGACAGAAUACAAGUGGAGCCAUUGGACUGAAGAUCACCCGGAGGGACGACUUCCGCCAUGUACUCCUGUGAAGUCGGCCAACGGCUUCACAAUGACACGUAAGGUCGACCUGCCGACUCUUCCUUGCACACCCGACGGGAAGUCACAUGACUCCGUGACGUCACAAGUUGCCAGCCAAUCAUCUGAUUUGACUUGUAUCAAACAGAAAUUGUGCAAACCCGUUGUUGACGUGAGGAAGUGUCCAAGUGGGCGUCGACGUCGAGGUGCUGGGACAUCUGUUACCAUGACGAUUAAAACAACAAUGGGAAGCGACGCCUCGUUCGACAUUGGGAGACUCGUCAAUAACAACACAAUGACCAUGGGAAUGCGGAAAUAUCUGAAGGCGAUGCUGACAUUUGAGCAGUCGGCACAACAGGUGGUUAACAACACCGGCAAGGUCUUCUCCGUUGUCGUCAACGGCGUGACGUUCAAGCCCGACGUCAACUCCGCCACGUCCGAAGUUGAAGUUGAGUGCAACCCAGGAGAGGUGGACUCGGGUGGCGCCUGCAGUGAAUGUCCCGCCGGAAGCAGCGAGAACAAUGGCGCAUGCGUACCAUGUGAGCAGGGCAGUUUCCAGGAAGCAACGGGUUCAACUUCCUGUAAACAAUGCCCUAAAGGGAAGACAACUCUGGACGUUGGUGCGAAGAGCAAAGCGGAAUGUACCACUGAUCCCAGUAGCCACAGUGACAACCGGGACACCACUCAAGAAGCUCCAGUGGAAGAUAAAUCAGGUUCGGAUCGCACAAUGAUCAUCGUCCUCUCCGUCAUGAUCACUGCCAUGGUGUUCUCCAUCACCGCUGCUGCUGUACUCUGGAUUGUCAAGAUGAAGAAAGUGCCAAAUGGAAGCGUAUUAUGGGGCGAUUCGGGGCGUAACAAAGUGAACCCUGACCCCGAGGUUGAGAACGCCCCACCGCCUUACCCCGCCGUCUACAUCCCUCCCCCUCCCCCUCCCCCAUACACCGCAAUGGACGCUCUCAACGCACCUGCAGCGUCUUUCCGCCCCAACACGGCGAGUGACGUCCAGCUCCGCGUCAUGCCCGCAACCAACUCCCCUCUGAUUAACAGGACCGUCCCCGCUGCCACUCAGACCAGCCUUGGCCCGACCCCUUCUACCACCCCCCGGAGUUCCAGAAACGCCUCCCCAAAUAGGUCCCCCUCCCCUACCCCCUCCCAAAAUAACUCCCGGGGUUCCUCCCCAAACCCAUCCCCGGUCCCUGGUCGUCACCUCUCCAGCAACGUCAACAGCCAGGCACGUUCCAGGUCGUCAUCGCCGGUCACAGGUUCAGCGAAUGACACCCCAGCCAUCCAAACCCGAUUCAUUGCUGAAGGAACGACCGUGGCUGGCAACACAGCGCACUGCUCUAAAAUGAUUCGUAGUCGAUCAGCCUCUCCGAAUCAUCGUCUGCCGUCACGGAGCCCGUCUCCUGCCAGAAGCUUGGCGGAUUUCGUUGGAACCUGCCAAUCCGGAGCCCCGAGCACCCCUCCUCCCCCGGCUGCAAUCUACAACCUCCCCGCCCCAUGUGCACAGGAGCCUGUCCUCUCACCCAUCAAGAGAAUCAACACCGGGGACUCGGGGGAGAUCCACCCACGGGUCAAGUCCGCUCACCGCGUCAUAUCCUCAUCAUAACUCUGUCCAAUCAUGACGUCGACGUUUGGCUUGCGGAUUGUAAUAUUUAUCAUUUAUUUUAAUAUCGCAAGAUCAAUGGGAAUGACAAUUUCGCAUAUCUAGCGUUCAAAUACAUCUACGCAAAAAUGCUUUAGAAACCAUAUACAAAACUUCACUCAGUGAAGUAUAAACAGUCGAGGAACAUCAUUCCCACCCUUAUAGAACUUUACAAUCACAGUGAUCGUUGUAGGUACGCAUUCGAUAAGGUGACCCGAAUAAGAGUGUAAACUCUGACGUUUUUCUAUAUGAAAUUAUUAUUUUUAAAUCGAUUGUUUAAGUUUCGGAGCAUGCAUGUUUCGCCCCGUUGGUCGGCAAAAAAUGACGGCUGAGCGAUGUGGAACAUGAUUUUAACCUCUGGUGUUCAAAACUUUCAAACAAUUAUCUUAUCGAAGUGACCCUUUCUGAACUCGUGCCAUUCAUGAUCACUUGUGACACGGUGACAAGUCGAAUCGCCACUCGUAUCUCAGUGCACGAUUCGGAAAUACACUCACAUGUGACGAAUACACUCACAUUCCAUUAACAUGUACUGUGCUUACUGUACACAACUCAUCAUUUGAAAGGCAUACUAAGAUACUGCAGAAGAUGCACUUUUAUCUGUUCCAUAACAAAGUCGAAUACUAUGUGUAUGUCGAAUACUAUGUGUAUGUCGAAUUCGAAUACUAUCCGUAUGUCGAAUGAUAUAUGUAUGUCGAAUACUAUAUGUAUGUCCCAUACUAUCUGUAUGUCGAAUUCGAAUACUAUCUGUAUGUCGAAUACUAUAUGUAUGUCGAAUAAUAUCUGUAUGGCAACAAUCCUUCCUGCAUACACACAAUGCCUAUCAAAAGUUGACUAAUAUAUUAGAUCUUCAUCGCUAUCCAGAAAAAUGGCAAUAUGAUAUAACUGGAUAAUCGAGGGUAGAGGUCCUGAUUCGAUUUGUAAUGCACGCAUGCCUAAUAUGAAUUUUUUUAUCUCAAAUUUCUCUUUACUUCGUGACACGCCAGUCAAAUGAUAUUGACAUGUAUGUAUAUUUUAAAUGAAAUACAGUGAAACGUCGAUAUUUCUGCCAAUAUCCCGGUCAAUAAUUAUCGAUAUUUGAAAUCGGCUUCUAAAAUGUUUGAUGUUUUCUUUUAAAAGGAAAGUUCUCAUUUAUGUUAAGUGUUCUAUACACACUGGUAAGAUUUGAGUAAAUGGUUUGUGUGUAUUUAAGUUUUCGGUUCUUAGAAGUCAACGAUGACAUUUCACAUAUCACGUGACUGAUCGUUCAUUGGUUACUGUACAUUGUACACUGUACACUGAGUUAAUUCAUGACAUAAGUGUUAUAAGUUGUCAGCACAGUUGCUCAUCUCUUGGUGUUAAUAGUUUACCGUCCGACUUCAGAAUUAAAUUAAAAUGUCCUUUAUUUCCACUCUUCACCUGCCUGAAUAAAAACAUCU